AUAGAAUCGAACAGUAAACAAGGGAACCACAUGGGGUGAUAGGUCCUUCCCUUCCCAUUUCGACGUGAUAUAAAAAAUGUCGAUUAUAAAGAAUAUAAAAGUGUUGUCGAGGAAUCCGGAUCAUCAUAUGAGGGAGACAAAGCAUGAUAUCCAUAGAGUGCAGAGAAACUACGACCCAACCCUCCAUCCUUUUGAAGCUGCACGAGAAUACAAGCUUGCUGUCAAUGCUGUGAAAUUAGAGCGUGUGUUCGCAAAGCCCUUUGUGAGCAGUCUAACACACUCUGAUGCCUUGAGUGCCAUAUGUCGACAUCCAUCCCAGCUAUCGUCUGUGUUUACUGGCACAGUUGAAGGCGAGUUGAUGCUAUGGGACCUUCCCCAAAAGAAGUCAAAAUGGUCUGUCCAAGCACACAAUGGUCAUCUUGGGGCCAUUGUGACAGCACCAGAUGGGGGCUCCUUCUUCACAGUGGGCAAUGACAAGACCAUAAAGCGCUGGUCACUAGAAAAGACACUGGAGAACUCUGAUUUACCUGUUGAUACCUGGAUGAGUGAAACAGUCAUCACAGGCAUAUCACACCACCGAUACAACAAUGAAUUCAUCACAUGUGGAGAAAGGGUCUUUCUGUGGGAUGCUACCAUGAAGGCCCCUAAAUUCUCUUAUGACUGGAACACAGGAGCCCAUGGCAGUAACGCCAGUGUGGUCUGCGUCAAGUUCAAUGACAUCGAGACCUCAUUGUUCGCUUCCAGUGACCAGGCAAACAACAUCAUCCUUUAUGACACAAGAGGCAAGGAAGUAAAGAAGCUGAGGAUGAAUAUGCGAGUGAAUGCUCUUGCAUGGAAUCCCAUGGAGGCUUUCAUUUUGACAGCAGCCAGCGAAGAUUACAAUUGCUAUUCCUUCGACAUUAGAAACAUGAAUAACAAGCACCGUAUAGUAGGUUUGCAUGAAGGCCAUACGUCAGCAGUCACUGAUGUGUAUUACUCUCCCACUGGCAAGGAGUUUGUCUCAGGAAGUUAUGACAGGUCCAUCAGAAUAUUCUCAACAGAAGAAGGAAAGUGUCGAGAUGUGUAUCACACCAAGCGCAUGUUCAAGGUAAAUUGUGUUUUAUGGACAGCUGACAACAAGUAUGUCCUCUCAGGGUCGUCUGAUCACAAUGUGAGGAUCUGGAAGUCAGUUGCAAGCGAAAAGAUGGGUGUGAUGCGUGAAAGAGAACAGUCAGCCAUCAAUUAUGCAGAGGAGCUGAAGAAGAAAUACAGUUCAUUCCCAGAGGUGAAGAGAAUCCAGCGGCACAGGCACUUGCCUGGACACAUCUAUCAUGCCAAGAAAGAGCAUGCUGUCAUCAAGGAGAGCAAGGCUAUUAGACAGGCCAACCUCCGCAAGCACUCAAAGACAGGAGCAGUUCCGCACAUUCCUGUCAAACAGAGGCCUGUGGUGGGCCUGGUGGAUGAACAGGAAGAAAAGGAAGAAAAGGAAGAAAAGGCUGAGUAGCCCAUUAGAUAGACUAGGAAUUAUACUAAUAUAUAUUUUUCUAUUGGUAUGUUAUGUUUAUGUGGAGGAGAAGGAAUGGAAUGAGGGAUGUUGUGCGUACAUUUUUUUUUUUUUUUUUUUUUUUUAAUGUUUAUGGAUCUUUGUUUGGCAUCUUGUCAUUUCAGUUGACACAGAUGGAGACAUUCAAAUAUGCUUAUUAAGUCUACUAUUGAGAAAUAGCCAGUUGCAAUGAUUCAUAUAUAUUUAUAUCAAAUGUUUGGAAAAUAAUGUAUAUAGAGCUAAUAUUAAAACAUUUUUUGGGGGAGAGAUACUGGAAUUCCCAUUAAUGUAUGAAAUGUGACAGUUUUGGAAGAAAGCAGGAUUUAUGUGCAUUGAUAUUUCUGUGAAUAAAAUUUAUAUAGAAA